CCGGCGUCACAAGCGGGUCGAGUGUGACUCACAAGCAUGCGAGAUAAUGCGAGUUCGUCGAAACAAAGCGACGGCGCCCGAUUUAAUCAACGAUUCUAUAGGAGAUCCCACAGUUUGACCUUCCUAGCCAUUACGGCAGUAGCACUCGCGGGCAGACCAGGAGGCUACUCCUACAACCGCUUCAGCGGCCCCGUCAGUGGGAAGAUCAUCGAAGUCCAAGUGCCAGCAGCCCACGGCAUCCCAGCCCAGCAACAUGCCAGCUACGGUUAUGACCACCAGAAGGGACAGAUUGACCCUGAAACUCAGAAAUACGCGCAUUUGAAGACUGUUGAUUAUGUGGCGAAGCCCGACUACACUUACGCAUAUGGAGUAGAAGACCCUCACACCGGUAACCUGCAGAACCAUAAGGAACACCGUGAUGGUGACGUGGUCAGAGGGGAAUACUCCCUUGUUGAGCCCGAUGGUUCCGUUCGUCUCGUCAGAUACACAGCCGACCCCAAGAACGGUUUCCAGGCGACGGUGCAUAAACAAGUAAAUGGUGGUCAGCCGCAGAAACUCGUCCAUUACGGUGGCCAAGCAAGCCAAGACGACGACGACAACAGAGAGUACUAAUUACUAGUCUUCCACAUAAGGCCGCUCAUCCAUUGCUGUGCACGCACGCGCACACUACACUUGUCAACUUGUCACACUAAACGUGGGAAUGUGUGAUAAUGAUCCCAUUCUCUUGCGUAGCUGAGUACCCGUGCGUAUCGUGUGUUGCAAUGUGUGAGCUGCCUAACAUAGCUGAUAGAUUAAUACUAGUGUUGUUGACUAUUUAUUAACGUUACCUUUUUCUACAAUAAACUAGUGAGAUCGAUUAUAAUAA